AGAGCCCAAAUGAUAGCCACUGUUGUCGGUUUGUGUGUUUAUUUAUCGAAGUCGGCAUACUGUGGUGCUUAAUGCAGCUAUUCGUGGUAUAUGAUGUGACUGGACACACAAUUUCAACAGAAUAACUAUUCUAGUCAACACUGGAAGAGGCACAGAUCUGAUCAUUGAUUACCAAGAAUACUCACAAGUGAAACGAUACGUUCUGUAGCGUACUGGUCACCUGUCACUUACCGUUUGGAAGAGUGUAAUCUGUGCAAACGUGUUGACAUUUUCACUAUACGAAUCAGUAAAAAGCAUCGAUGACCUAUCAACGGAGCAUGGAUGAGAAUGGAGACUGAGCGCCUGGUGGGGCAGCAGAGCCAUGCUCUCGCUUACCAGGCCUUGCUGUCGGGACAGCCAAUAGGGAAAGAAGCCGCCAGUGGCAGCAGCAGCGACGAGGACAUGAUUGACCUCAUGCCUCGGGAUCAGCUUGCAGCCGCAGGAGACAGCACAUGCUUAGGAGAAGAAAGUGCCAGCAAGUUCACUAACCCGCUGUAUGCCCAGGCCUUUGGGGACUCGAGUUUUGAGUCACUGGAAGCAGAAUGCUCGCACCUCACAGGAGGAACGAGCCAAGCAGUUGAACUGGAAGAACAGCUUGGUGGAGGCUCCCAUUACGAUGACUUCCACACGAUCGACUGGCAGCGGGACUUGGCACGGGACCGUAUGCGGCACCGGCUCCUGCAGAAGCGCAGGACGCAGGGAGGGGUGUGGGACAUGCUGGCCGCUUUCCACGACGCCUGGUCAGGGUGGCUUUGCGUCUUGCUCGUAGGCCUGGCCGCAGGGGCCAUUGCGGCAGUCAUAGACAUAGGCGCCCUCUGGAUGAAAGACCUCAGAGAGGGCAUCUGUCCACAGGCUUUCUGGCUCAAUAAAGAACAGUGCUGCUGGGCAUCGAAUGACACAUUCUUCAAGGGUGAUGACUGCAAGCAGUGGUACAGGUGGCCCGAAAUGUUCAGCAGCGAGCUCAACAAAGAAGGUGCAGGAUUUUAUCUGCUAUCUUAUCUGGUAUAUGUAAUGUGGAGCGUACUGUUUGCCACACUGGCUGUCAUGUUAGUGCGAACGUUUGCUCCUUACGCCUGUGGAUCUGGAAUACCCGAAAUCAAAACCAUUUUGAGCGGGUUCAUCAUUCGCAGCUACCUAGGCAAGUGGACGCUGACCAUAAAGUCUGUGUGCCUAGUAUUAGCCGUCGGUGCUGGACUCAGCCUGGGUAAAGAAGGUCCCCUGGUGCACGUCGCCUGCUGCAUCGGGAACAUCUUCUCAUAUCUCUUUCCAAAGUACGGCAAGAAUGAGGCCAAAAAGAGGGAGAUCCUGUCAGCUGCAGCUGCAGCAGGUGUUUCUGUGGCCUUUGGGGCUCCCAUCGGAGGAGUGCUUUUCAGCCUGGAGGAAGUGAGCUACUACUUUCCGCUCAAGACACUGUGGCGCUCCUUCUUCUGUGCCCUGGUGGCAGCUUCGGUGUUACGCUCUAUCAACCCUUUCGGCAACGACCACCUGGUCAUGUUUUAUGUGGAAUACGAUCUGCCUUGGCUCUUCUUUGAGCUGGUGCCCUUCGUCCUGCUGGGCAUCCUCGGUGGAGUGGUGGCCACCAUUUUCAUUAAGUGCAACAUCCGCUGGUGCAGGUACCGCAAGGAGUCUCGUCUGGGACAGUACCCCAUCUCUGAGGUGUUGGCCAUCACAGUGAUCACAGCCGUGCUAAGCUUUCCUAAUGAGUACACUCGGAUGAAUACAAGUGAUCUGAUCAAGGUGCUGUUCAGCCAGUGCGGCAUCACAGAUGUAACGCCUCUGUGUGACUACAAACGGAACUUCACCAAUGUCAACAACCACAUCGACAUUGCAGAAGCCGGGCCCGGGGUGUACACGUCUCUAUGGCAACUCAGCCUGGCCCUCGUCUUCAAGCUCCUCAUUACUAUCUUCACGUUUGGAAUCAAGGUUCCCGCCGGUAUCUUCAUCCCGAGCAUGGCAUUCGGUGCUAUCAUGGGAAGGAUGAUCGGCAUUGCUGUGGAACAGCUGGCAUACCACUACCCAACGCUGUGGAUAUUCCAAGGAGCGUGCAACACGGGCGAGAACUGCAUUACGCCUGGCCUCUACGCCAUGGUGGGGGCAGCCGCGUGUCUCGGAGGGGUCACACGCAUGACUGUGUCCCUGGUGGUCAUCAUGUUCGAACUGACUGGAUCAGUGCGCUACAUCGAGCCUCUCAUGGCAGCAGUAAUGGCCAGCAAAUGGGUGGGGGAUGCACUGGGGAAAGAGGGCAUAUACGAUGCCCACAUCCACCUUAAUGGCUACCCAUUCUUGGACAACAAAGAAGAAUUUGCCCACACCACCCUGGCUGCUGACGUCAUGCAGCCGAGAAGAGGGGAUGGGAGCCUCUGCUGUGUCACCCAAGACAGUAUGACUGUGGAUGAAGUGGAGUGCUUGCUCAAGACAACCGACCACCAUGGCUUUCCCGUGAUUGUCUCUGCGGAAUCCCAGUACCUGGUAGGCUUCAUCAACCGAAAGGACUUGGGCCUGGCACUGGGAACUGCAAGAAAGACUCAGGAAGGGGUGGUAGGCAACUCUCGCGUUCUCUUCGUCAGUCACGUACCCACACCUUGGAGUGGCCCUCCCCCGGUGAAGCUGCGGCGAUUUUUAGAUCUGGCUCCCAUCACGGUAACCGACCAGACCCCGAUGGAGACUGUAAUCGACAUGUUUCGCAAGCUGGGACUUCGACAAACUCUGGUCACUCACAACGGAAAAAUCCUCGGGAUUAUAACGAAGAAGGACGUGCUGCGGCACAUCAAGUUACUUGCCAAUGAAGAUCCCGAGUCUGUCCUCUUCAACUAGAGAUGCUCCAAAAAGGAUCCCAUCUGCUGCAUUUACAGUGGAAUCGUGUUGUGUUUAUACUCCUCUGGAUUUAGUUCCUUUACACACUAAUAUAUCCGAUUAUAUGCAUGCGAAAGAAAUUUUAUUUAAGAAUGUUGCGAGAAGGACUGUGGACAGACAAAAAGGUUCGGCGAGCCUUACGAGAAGUGCUUGCUCUAGAAGCAAGGUUUAUGCAUCAUGGGUGAACUUUUCACACCGAAAUGAUGCCAAAAUGUCUCUUCGGGAUGCCGAAGUCGUUGAAUAUACUGUGAAGAAAAAAAAUAAACUCGAUGAACACAGA